AAAUAUUCUUUUAACGUUCUGACUACCUGGUCUUUGUUGUAAAACUCCAAUAUAUCCUAGCUCCUCCCCUAUCUCUUUGGAGCAGUCCCUCAGAGUCAUCUGAGAGGCUAUUAUCCCGGGCUGAGUCCUCAGAAUUAUCCACCGAGUAAAACAUAAUUCUCAGCUUUUAGGUUGUGCAUUUAUUUCAGUUGACAGUGGAAAGGUGGUGAAUGCCCUGGUUGCUUGGAGAGUAUGAGGUGUCUGGAGAUGAGGAUGCAAGGUGUUCAUUUUUUUCUCCUUAUAGCACUUUUUAAAAAUUUUUAUUUAGCAUAUGCAAAAAUUAGUCAAUUUUAUACCCCAAGCAGAAAUUUUAAAUUGUUAAAAAAUCAAUCUUAGGCCGCACUCCAUUUCUAGUUUUAACUGUCACUAAACUUUUAUUAGCCUGUAUUCUAAAGUUUUCUGAACAGAGGAAUGACUUCUCAGAUGGGACCGACUGAGCCAAGGGCAUUGCCAACUAUCCAACACACAGGCAUUGAGCAAUAUUAGCUGCUGAGUAACAAGAGCGGAGCCGGGAUAUCAACCCACCCCACGGGGCCGGUUCACCAAAGAGGCCAGCGUGGUCUCGCACAGGCGGUGUAGGCAGGGUGGCGCUGUCUAGGGCGGUGAAGGAUGGGCUCAAAGGAUUCUGGGGAUUGUAGUUCAAACGUCGCGAAGCUUCCAACUGCGCUGGCGCAGAAGCAGUUUGGCCGGCUCCGCUUUGUCUACAGCGUCGUUAGUACAGUUCCCUGAGGCGUCUUAUCUACUCCAAUCCCUACUUGGCACGACGAAGCGGCCCUCUUAGGGUUGAAAGGCUCGCGGUGUGGGAGUGACUUCGGGCCAGACCCAAAUGGGCAUAAGCACUACCCUGCGACUGGAGACCUUACAUCCGAAGAGGAGCCCUGAGGAUCGCGCAUUCCCUGAAAAGACUGAAAGCCAUGACCCAGGGAUUGGUGUUAUUCAAGGAUGUGUCUAUACACUUUUCUCAGGAGGAGUGGGAAUGCCUGGAUUCUGAUCAGAGGGAUCUGUACAGAAAUGUGAUUUUGGAAAACUAUAACAACCUGAUCUCUGUUGGACUCUCCAUUCCUAAGCCAGAUGUGGUGUCCUUAUUGGAGGAAGGGGAAGAUCCCUGGAUGGUUGACAGAGAGCUGACAAGGGACUUGCUUCCAGACUGUGGAUCUAGGUGUGAAACCAAGGAAUUAUCGCUGAAGAAGGAAGUUUAUGAAGUAGAAUCGCCUCAGUGGUUUAUAUUGGGACAUCUUUCAAAACAUGGACUUGAAUGUUCCUGUUACACAGGUGAUUGGGAAUGUAAAAGAAAGACUGAGAAAAAACAAGGAUCUCAUGAAACAAAUUUUGAUAAUCAAGUUAUUUUCAACUAUGAAAAUAUGCACACUUUCAGUCAGCACACAUCUCUUACUCUAAAUCAAAAGACUGAUAUUGAAGAGGAAGCCUGUGAAUGCAAGGACUAUGAGAAAGCUUUUGUACAUGACUUGCAACUAACUGCACCUCAGAAAAUUGAUACUGACAAGAAAUUCAAUAACUAUAAGGAAAAUGGGAAGGCCGUUAGUAGAGUUUCAGAACAUACUCAGCAUCAGAUCUUGCAUCCUGGUGAAACCUGUGAACAUAUGGAGUGUGGUAGGGCCUUAGACUGUGUACAACAUCAGAGCAUUCAUACUGAGGAGAAGAUCUAUGAGUGGAAAGAAUGUGGAAAAGCCUUUAGUACUGGUUCAAUAUUUAAAUCACAUCAGAGAAUUCACACGUGUGAGAAACCCUGUCUAACUGAGGAAGGUGGGAAAGUUUUUCAUCAUUCCUCAGAACUUACUUAUGACCAGCGACUUCACACCAGUGAGAAACGCUAUCAAUGUAAGUUAUGUGGAAAAGCCUUUAGUAGUAAAUCAGGCACUAUUCUGCAUCAGAGAAUUCACACCGGUGAGAAACCAUAUAUAUGUAAGGAAUGUGGAAAAGCCUUUCGUAGCAGUUCAAUACUCAUAGAACAUCAAAGAAUUCACACAGGUGAGAAACCUUAUCUAUGUAAAGACUGUGGCAAAGCCUUUCACUAUUCCUCAGAUCUUAAAAGACACCAGAGAAUCCAUACUGGUGAAAAACCCUAUGAAUGUAAGGAAUGUGGCAAGGCCUUUAAAAGUGCAUCAUAUUUUUUUAUACAUCAUAGAAUUCAUACUGGUGAGAAACCUUAUGAGUGUAAAAAUUGUGCUAAGGCAUUUAGAAGUAGUUCAGCCCUUAAUCGACACCAGAGGGUCCAUACCGGUGAAAAACCCUUUGUAUGUAAGGAUUGUGGAAAGGCCUUUUGUAGCAGUUCAAAACUUAUAGAACAUCAGAGAAUUCACACAGGCGAGAAGCCCUACAUUUGUAUGGCAUGUGGAAAGACCUUUCGUAACAGCUCUAUACUUACAGAACAUCAGAGAAUUCACACUGGUGAGAAACCAUAUGUGUGUAAAGAAUGUGGAAAGGCUUUUUAUCACCCUUCGGGCCUUAGCCAACAUUGGGGAAUUCAUAUGGGUGAGAAACCCUAUGAGUGUAAGGAUUGCGGGAAAACCUUUAGUAGUAGCUCAGCCUUCAUCCGGCAUCAGAGAGUUCAUACUGGUGAGAAGCCCUUUGAAUGUAAGGAAUGCAGAAAGGCCUUUCAUCGUUCUUCAGAACUUUCUCAACAUCAGAGAAUUCAUAACGGUGAGAAACUCUAUGAAUGUAAUGAAUGUGGGAAAGUUUUUGUACGUAGUUCAAAUCUUAAUCAACAUCAGAAAGGUCAUGCAGGUAAGAAACUCUGAAAGGUAUCUGUGGGAGAGGCAUUCAAGUAUGAAUUUUACCUAAUUUGAGAUAGGAGUUCCUGCUGAUGAGAUAUCCCAUAAUUAAUAUGAAGAGGCUUUUAUUUGCUUUUCACAACCUAAAUGCUUAAGAAUACAGCAAAUGUCAGAAGACCUUCAUCAACAGUUCAUUCCUUACUUAAUAUCAGAAUUUAUAACUGUGAAUGAGGAAAAUGCAAACUUUUUUUUGCAGAUCAACCUUCAACAUGAGAGAAUUUAUUAAGGAAUAGCGCUGGGAUUUCAUUUUAUUUUUCCUAAUUUAAUUCUAAGGUAUUUUAGUCCUAUGUAUAUUUACUGAUCGUUAAAAUUAAUUUACUAUCACUAUUAAUUAAUUUAAUUUUUAGUUGUGCAUUACAGUUCUGAGUUGACUUCUUUUUCUCCAAGAUUCUGAACCCAUCACUACUUAUUCUUUCUAGUUGCUUUUUCUACUGGUUUGUUGAUAUAUUCUUAUUUAUAUAAGCUUAAGUUUCAGGGAAACAAUUGAAGUAUCAUUCAUAUGUAUGUGUGUGUAUAUGUAUAUACAUAUAUGUCUGUAAUUGUAUCUGUACCUCUUUGUCUUAAUUAUUUUACUUUUAAUAUAACAAUAUAAAUAGAACUGUACAACUUUUUUGAAGAGAGUUCCUUUGAAUAUUAAUAUUUUACUGGAGGAUAAUUUUUUUCAGAGGAAUUCAAAGGGCACAAAAGAAAUCUUUAAUUCUAUCAACCAUUUUAAUAACCACUCUCAAAUUGUCAAAUCCUUUCAGAAAAAUUUUAAAGAAAAUAUAUUUCAUAAAUCCUAUGACAGACUACAUCAUGAACAGUUUUCUAAGUCAGUAAAUACAUCAUUAUCCUUACUUGAAUUGAGUUAGUGCUUAUCUCGUGGCCCCAUUAUUGUUUUACUAAUCUAUUGAUAAAACAUAUCUACAUUCUAAAUUUUGCUUUUAUAAACAGUGCUCCUUUCAACAUCCUGUUUUCACAUUUUGUGUACUUGUCUGUUUAUUUUUUAUUUCUGAAGUAAUCCAUGAGUGCCUUAAACUUAAAACAUUUUUAAACAUUACAGAUAAGCUAAACGCCCUUUUGAUUAUUUCCCUGACCCUAGUUUCUCCCCUAAAUUUACCAAUGAUGGCAGUUUCAUUCAAGAGCCUUUUAUCUUCUUUUUCAUUAAAGGUUAUUACAAGAUAUUGAAUAUAGUUCCCUGUGUUAUACAGACAUAUAUAUAAGUAUAUAUGUUUGUAUAUAAUUAUAAUCUGUAGAAAUGUAAUAUUGCUUUCAAUCUUAUGUAUUAUAUUUCAAGCAUGGCAAAAUGGAGGUGACUAUAGUAACUGCCAUAGGAGUGUAUUGAAGAUUACAUGGGUUAUGAACUCAUGUAUGUAACUGGUGACUUGUUCAGUAAAUGUUGGCAACUGUUAUGUUCAUCCGUUUUAUUUAUGGAAUGGCGUUUAACCACGAUAUAUACUUUACACAAUAAUAAGACACUUCAUAUUGGAAAAAACCCUUAAAGCCAAAAUUAAAUAAAGAUGUUAUAAUGUAGUGAAUCCUUCCUGUAGAACUCAAUCGUUAUGCUGAAUUAUAAUAGACCAGCGUGAAAAUGUGUAUCAAUGUGAAUAGGUGGUUGAGACCACAACUAUCACAGAACAGUGAGAGGAGUACAAAAAGUGGUAAUAGUAUAGAACACAUUAUCUAACUUAUAAGAGAACACAUUGGGUAGCCAAAAUAUAUAAAUACUAAUUCAAUUCUCAUCUAAAUUAUCCUUUGAUUAAGGAUGAAAACAACACAAACUAGCGUCUCUAGGAAUAAAUCAUAGUGUGUAUUCUACAUAGAAAAUGGUGCCUGACAAAACUACAUAGAAGAAAACCUACAGCUCUACAUUCAUGAAUGUAUUAAAAUACUAAAACAAUUUAAAAUGAGUGUAUAGUUUCAAGAAAAAUCCCAGAAAUAUCUAAAGAUAAUGGAAUGUAUUUGAAAAAAUGAAGGCAAAAUAAUAAAUACAAUAACGAAGUCUAAACAGAUGAAAUAGCAUAAAUGGUGUUUCGUGAAGAAAACAGUGUAGAAGUUCUGGUGGAAAAAAAGAGGAGAGAUAAGCAUUAUGGCUGAGAAAUUGAUAUUACGACAAAAUAGAGAUUUUAUGGUUAACAUACGUACCCUUUUUACUAAUAAUUUUUAAAAUGUAAAAUGUUUAUCCUUCAAAAACAGAAAUCUCCAGAUUUGAGUCAAGAGAAAUGGGAACACUCAAGAGAGAAAAAAACUUAAUAAAACAAUUAGCCAUUUCUAAAGAUAUUGCCUGAUCAUUUUUAUAGGCAAAAUUCCCAAAACUUUAAGAGUUCCUCAUAACAUACUUAAACAUGAAAGCUUGACAUUUAAUUCUGUGACUCUUGCAUAACCUUAAUUUUAAACUUAAAGGGCAAAACAAAACUUCUGGUACCAAUUAUGAAUAUUUGUAUAACAUCCUAAAUAAAUCAGUAAUUUCAAUUCACAAAUGUAUUCAGUUAAAUCUGGGUGAUUGUUCAAUCCAAAAAAGCUGAACCGUAUUUAUAAUUUACACAAAGUCCAAAAAAUUCUUUGAAAAAGUUUGAUCCAUCUGGCAUAAUUUUCCUUCUACAUCAAAAAUUUCCUUUAGCAUUUAUUUUAUUGCAAGUAUACUGCCAUUAUAUUACUUCAGCUUUGUUUGUCAGAAUAAGUAUUUUAUCUUAAUUUUUGGAAGAUACUUUCUGGGUACAGGAUUCUAGGUUAACAGAAUAUAUAAAUAUAUACAUAUAUUUUUUUUCUGGAGAACCCUAAUAUAUACAGGCUGUGAACAUCUCUGGGGAACAUUAUCCUGCCUACUGCAUGCUGCCAAUUUUGCAAAGUGGCUCUGCCAUUUUGUAUUCCUAUUAGCAAAGUAUGAGACUUCUGUUGGGUCCAUCCACAUCCUUAUCAACAAUUGGUAUUGUGAUUCAUUUCAAUUUUAACUAUUUUAUUGGGCAUAUAGUAGAAUCACAUUGUGAUUUUAUUUUGCAUUUCUCUGAGAAGUAUGGACUUUUGGCAUCUUUUCCUAUGCUAUUUGUUAGCCAUUGAAAUAUACUCUUUCGUGGAGUGUCUGUUCAAGCUUCUUGCCUAUUUUUAUUUGGUUGUUUGUCACUAUUUCCUAUUGAUUUGUAGAAGAGCUCUUUUUAUAUUUAUGAUAUAAGUCCAUAAUGUAUUACAAAGACUUUUCCAAGUCUGCAGCUUAUCUUUUCACUCUCUUCUUUGUGUCUUGACGAACAUUUCUUUAAUGAAAUCCUAAUUACUUUUUCUUUUAUGGUUUGUAUGUUUUGUGUCCUGUUUAAUAAACCUUUGCCUAUUCUAGCAACAUGGAUUCUUUUUUAUAUGUUCUUCUAAAGUUAUAUUAAUAUUUACAUUUAGGCCUAAUGACCAUUUUGUCAAAGAAAAUCUUGUGUCAAUUUUGUGUACUAUGUAAGGUAAGGAUAAGGUUCUUUUUUCCUUGUGUAUGUCUAAUUGUUCCAGCACCAUUUACUGAAAAGACUAUCCUUUCUCCACUGAACUGAUGUGGAAAUUUUUUCUAAAUAAAGUUACUAUCUUUUGAUUUU